AUGCUUUCAAUAGAAAAAGAAAAUUCUAGAGUUGCUACAACUAAACCAUUAGAUGAACUUUUUACUAAUGUCGGUCAAAAGUUUGAGACAGAGACCGUAAAGCAUGAAGGCUAUCGUUUUGACUACCCGUUAAGAUGGUUAAGAGACCCAUCUGUCACAAAAGCUAUUGGCUUUCGUAGAAUGAAGUUCAUUUCAGAAGCCAUACAUGGUUUCCCAUUUACAGUCGGUUUUGAAGUUCGAUACUAUAACAAAGAAAAACGUACGUAUGAGAAAUUUGAACAGGGAAAACUUUUACAAGUGAAUUUGCUUGUAAACUUAGAAACAACUCUUCAAGCUUUUCAAGAAAAAAUAAACGAUAUCUAUCUCGAAUAUGCAAACCAGUAUAACAUUGACGAGGGAGAGUACCAUCUCGAUAUUAUAUAUGACAGGAAAAAUGCAACUGUUAAAAUCAAUAAAAUAGAAGACCUUGGAGAAAACGUUUAUAUUUCUACAAAAUAUAACAACUUGGCAUGGCAUAGAUUUUUGAGGAUGUUAAAUCAGCCUGCAGCAUAUCCA